UCUUUGUCGGAGGGUGUUCACUCCGAGGUGUUGUUCAGGGUCGCUGUGUACAUCGGAGUCCUCCGUGGUUUAUUUAUAUAUUUUCUUACAGAUUUCUGGCCGCAUUAAAGUCGUCAGGCUAAACCAUGCCGUCAGUUCCCUCAACCAAAGAGACCACUGUCAAUGGCCCAGUGUGCCCCCACGCUGCCAAGCUGCACAACCACACCAACGGAGAAGCCAAACUCCGGGAGGGCUCCUUCCCACUGAACGGGGUUGACAAGCUACCCAAGGUAGGGGACACCCAAGAGACGGCCCGAACCAUUCAGAUCAACACAAAUAACACUUCUCCCGAGAGGAAAUGGAUCCGGCCCGACCUUCCCAGCCGCUGCAAAUGGAGCCUGGGAGCCUCGAACGCCGACUCUCCUCACACACGAGUUCCAAGAGCUGUUGCUCCGACCAUCCUCCCAAACAUCCUGCACAGGAUCGGUGACACUCCCUUGGUACGCAUCAACAAGAUCCCCAAAGCGUUUGGACUCAAAUGUGAAAUAUUGGCCAAGUGUGAGUUCUUCAACGCUGGCGGCAGUGUCAAGGACAGGAUCAGCCUGCGGAUGGUGGAGGACGCUGAGAGAAACGGGAUCCUCAAGCCUGGAGACACCAUUAUAGAGCCAACCUCUGGAAACACUGGUAUUGGACUGGCCCUGGCUGCAGCUGUGAAAGGCUACCGCUGCAUCAUUGUCAUGCCUGAGAAAAUGAGCAUGGAGAAGGUGGAUGUCCUGAGAGCUCUCGGAGCCGAGAUUGUCCGCACACCCACCAGCGCCCGCUUUGAUUCGCCAGAGUCCCACGUGGGCGUUGCCUGGCGCCUCAAGAACGAGAUCCCCAACUCCCACAUCCUGGAUCAGUACCGUAACCCCAGCAACCCACUGGCUCACUACGACACCACAGCUGAAGAGAUCCUGGAGCAGUGCGAUGGUAAAAUCGACAUGCUGGUGGCAGGAGCAGGCACAGGGGGGACGAUCACAGGUAUCGCCCGCAAACUGAAGGAAAGAUGCCCCAACAUCAAAAUUGUUGGAGUCGACCCAGAGGGCUCCAUCCUGGCUGAGCCUGAUGAGCUUAACAAGACCGAUAAAACCCAGUAUGAGGUAGAGGGCAUCGGGUACGACUUCAUCCCCACCGUGCUCGACAGAUCAGUGAUUGAUACCUGGUACAAGUCCAAUGAUGAGGAGUCUUUCAACAUGUCUCGUAUGCUGAUUAGAGAUGAGGGCCUGCUGUGUGGAGGCAGCUCUGGAACGGCCAUGGCAGCAGCGGUGAACGUGGCCCAAGAGCUGAAGGAGGGCCAACGCUGUGUGGUCAUCCUGCCCGACUCCAUCCGCAACUACAUGUCCAAGUUCCUGAGUGACAAGUGGAUGGUAGACAAGGGCUUCCUGAGGGAGGAGGACCUCAUGGUGAAGAAACCAUGGUGGUGGAACCUGAAGCUGCAGGGUCUGAACCUGUCCGCCCCCCUCACCGUCCUGCCAACCGUCACCUGUCAGAAGACAAUCAAAAUCCUCAAGGAGAAGGGCUUCGACCAGGCGCCUGUGGUGGAUGAGGCCGGGCUAAUCCUGGGCAUGGUGACUUUGGGGAACAUGUUGGCCUCGAUUCUGGCAGGAAAGAUCAAGCUGUCGGACCCGGUCAGCAAAGUGCUCUACAAGCAGUUCAAACAGAUCCGUCUCACUGACAAUUUAGGAAAGCUAUCCCGCAUUCUGGAGACUGACCACUUUGCGCUGGUGGUACAUGAACAGAUCCAAUACUUGACAGACGGCUCUCCCAGUCUGAAGCAGAUGGUUUUCGGCGUGGUGACAGCCGUCGACCUGCUCAACUUCGUCACAGGGCGGGAAAGGAGAGAGCGAUCAAUGUCGGAGUCAACUGACGAGCUGAAUUGAACUGGCAGACUAAAACACACACAGGACACGCUUGUAUAUUUCAUUCACUACUAUAACAAGAUGAAUAGACAUGUCUGAAAGGUAGCAAAAAAUAAAAAUAAGAAAUGGGAAGUUUUUGAUUGAAGUUAGCAUUUUUUCCAUUUAAAAAAAAUAUUGAUUCAUUUUUUUAUGUUUAAGUCUUAAAGUAUAAUGAGUAAAGUAUGUUGUGCCAUUCAGUCAUUUUAUGUUAUUACUUAUUUGAGGCAUUUGAUUAUGAUUUAUUAUAUCUGCUUGUAGUGUUCAAAGCAAUCUUUUGUAAGUUUGUAACUUAUAGAAAGCUUUUUGUUUUGUAUCAGGGUUUUGAAUAUAGGCCUCUGUGUUACUGUUUUAUUUGUCGGAAAAGAACAUGAUUGAUUCACUGCAGCUUUGUGUACCCAUCAAACAUUAGAGAUAAGAGAAUAAUAUUAAAGCCACAUUCAUCUCAUUCAUCAAGAUAAGACAAAUAGACAGUUGCUGUAUAUAAGCAUUUGAUCUUUCCAAUGUCACUCACUGUGUGCUUUGUGUCUUUGUACACAAGAAGAAAUACAUGUGGAAUAUAAUCAGAUUUCUUAAAACAAUCAUGUAUUAUUUUCCUCUCCUGUUUCAGCAUAAUGUCUGUGAAUUAAGUGUAAAGUGACUAUUUACUCUUGGCUGUGUCUAGGAGAAACAUUUUUUUAUUGCAUCAUUUUUCCUUCAUGAAUGUGUAUGAUUAAAUAAAAUUUAAAGAAAGUC